AUAGGGACAUAAUAUACAUAUAAAUAUUAAGUUUGUGUAUUAUAUGGAAUGAGAAGUUAAAUAGAAAGUUGCAUAGAUUUGCAACCACCAAAUCUAGAGGUAGCUCCAAAACCACCAAUUUCCAUACGAGUACUUCAACAGAUUGAGAGAUAUCCAUAAUGAGCAAACCCCCACCCCCCUCCCCAAAUUAAUAGUAACGCAACCUCCCUUUGAUUUUUUCAAAUUCCUCUUCCCAAUCCCAAUACAUGCUCAUCUCGUGCAUCUUUCUCUCCAUCUCCAUCUCCAUCUCCAUCUUCAUCUUCUUCUUCAUAUCCAUCUUCAUCUCCAUCUUCAUCUAAUUUUCCUUGAAAACCUCAUAUCUCUCAACAGAACAAAAUUAUAUCAGAUAAAAAAAGGCUAUAUAUAUAAAUACAUCCAUGGCAGCCUGUGGAAGCCUCCAACACCUGUUCGACAACCCAUUGGGUGAAUCCCCAACAACACUAGUUGAAUCCCCCUAUUCAUGGAACCAAAUCAAGUCUGUAAAACCCAUCGAGCAAUCCUCCUCUUUCACCGAGAUCUUUGGCGAGCUUCAUUUCAAAGACAAUUCUUCUUCUCUGUCUUCUUGUUUGUUGCCUCCCAUGACUUCUUCUUCUUCUUCUUCAUCUUCAUCGUCAUCAUCGUCAUCCUCAUGUUUGACAAACUUAGAGCCCAUCAUCAAUAUUCAGGAGGAGGAAAAAAACAAGAAGAGUCCAUCAUCCAUAUCAAUGGAGGAUUCUUUCUCAAGCCUCACAAAGACCAAGUACGGCUUUAGUAGUUUUCACAGAAGCAGUUGUGAUAGCUUUUCUACGUUAAUGAAUUCAGAAAGUUUACAACUUUGCACUGAGGGACUUGGCUUUGAAAGCUCCGGCGAGGUGGAGGAGGACUUGAUGACCACCAAGGACAAGGACAAGGAUGAUGAUGAUGAUUGUCAAUUACGAAAGCAACAACAGAAAUUAACCAGUACUACUACUACCAUUACUACUACUAGUUGUCCAAAUGAUAAUCAUUUGUCAUUUCAAAACUUGAACUUGUGUGGAGAAUUGAAGAGGUCAUCCAGAAGCACUAUUCAUAUCAAUGGUUCAUCAUCAUCAUCAUCUUCAGGAUCAGGAACAGGAAAAUUCCCUCCGCCCAUUUCUUGUAUAAGCAAGAAUGGAAAACCUUGGGUUUGCUUCAAAUCCUAUCGCCACGAUGGCAGGUUCGUUCUCAAACAGAUUAGGAUUCCUACCCAGGAGUUCUUGCAUGCAUGCAGAGAAGAUGGCCGUCUCAAGCUCCACUUUGUUCAUCCGCAUCAUCACCACCAUGGAAUUCUUGAAGACCCAGAAGAUCAACAAUAUGAUCAUGACGAAGACGAUGAUGAUGAAGGAGGUGAUGAUGAUGACGACAACGACCAUCACCACCACCAAGAAAAUGGCAAGGUAGAAGACAAUAUUGAUGAAGCUGAGCUUGUCCCUGUUAGGAGAUAGGAUAUAGCAAGUUUCAGAGCUUGUUUUGAUAUGGCAAGUUUUAAAGCAUGUUUUGAUAGAGCAAGUUUCAGAUCUUUUUUUCCAGUUUUCCCCUGUAAUUCUUCAGAACCCCACAAAAAAAAGAAAAAAAAAAGAAAAAAAAAAAAAGAAA